UCAUACGUUUACAUUUUAAACAGCUUUGCUAAAUUUAUAUUGAACGCAUAGAGAUACCUUUUAACAAUUUUAUUGAUGGUAAUAUUGAAGUUUAAAAGGCGUUGUUUCAUGAAAUAAAUCAUUUGUGUUAAAGUUUGUUUUAAAAGGAUACACAAAAUUAUAAUAGUACUUAAUGCAAUGGAUUUUAAUGAUAUUGAUUUUAAUGUGAUAGAAGCAGGUCGCGAAAAGAUUGAUAAAACUGCCUCAAAGAAUGAUUUUGUGUGAUAGAUUACACUUGUUGAAGAAUAACUGAUGGAAACUUUUUUCUAAUUAAUUAAUUUAAUGUUGUAUAUUUAUUUUGAAUUUCAAGAAAACUGUGUUUAUUUCCGGAGUUUAAAAAACACUUUCAUCUACGUUACUCUUGGCUAGCCAAUGAAUUAGAGAUUGGAAUGCAAAUAUAAUCGAUCUGGUUAUUAAGUCCUAGGUCGUCAAUGUUUACAAUUCAAGGUCUUAUUGACAAAAGAGCGAAGUAGAAUCUUAUAUUGACUUGUGGAGAAAUGUUGAAACACGUACAGAAAGAUAUUUAAACAUUUUGAAACAUUUAUGUAGCGGUAACGAUUUGCAGGACAACACUUCAUAACACUUUAAAAGGAAAAGUUAAUGUGAUCAGAUUUUAAGAAUAUUUCAACAUGUAAUACUCGUGCUUUGGACUUUUCAAUCUCGUAUGGGGAGCAUUUGAUUUUCCAGCAUGUUAUGAUUGGGAUAUUACGUUAAUAACUGAAACGCUUUGUAAAUCCGUGGAAAUAUUCAUAAAAGUAGUACAAUUCGAGGUAAAAGUCAUGAAUUUUUCAAAGUUCCGACAGACUGGGGAGUUGUCCGAUAUAACGGUUGUCGUAGACGAAACAGAGUUCAGGCUCCAUAAAUUCCCACUCUAUGCCAAGUCUGAUUUCUUCUGUGCUCUGGCUAAAAGCCCGGGAACUGAUUGUAAUAGGGUGGAACUAAAGGAGUUUCCUGGAGGACCAGAGGCUUUCGGGGUGGUUGCUGACUUUUGUUACAAUAUGAAAGUAGAUUUAACAAAAACUAACGUUGUACAUAUAAGAUGCGCUUCAGAAGUUUUGCAGAUGACUGGUUCCGGGAACCUGGCGGAAGUUUCUGAAAAGUUUUUACAAGAUACAAUUACCUCAGCUAAGAUGUCUAGAUCUACGUCAGCCAUUGCAUCACUCCUAUUGUCGUGUAUGUCGGCGUCUGCUGUUGCAGAAAAAGCAGAAAUUGUUUCUCUAUGCAACGAUGCCCUUGUUGAGUGUUGGUUAAAGCCACCAACUAAAUUCAGCAGCCCAACAUUUUCAAAGAAAGGAUCUGAUAGAAGUGAUGAGAGCAUUAGACUGUUGUUAGGAUUGCCAGUUCCUUGGCUUGUCAAACUGUUAAUUCUUGCAAGAAAUAAAGGAGUCAAAAAUAAUGUUUUGGCUGAAAUUGUUACUAAAUAUGUAACCGCUUUCGUUGAAAAGGCUGACGCAGAAGAGAAAGGGAUUGACCACAAGAAAGCAGAUACAAUCGACUCGAAACCUGGUCUGAAAGGUUCAAGAUCGUCGCACAGUGAUCAUGAUGUUAAAGAAAGUAAAUCCGGUGUUAAGUCCAAGAAAAAAUCUGAUACUGGAAAGGUUUUCGACGCCAUUUUGAACGAAUUACCGGAAGAAGCAUUUAGUGAGGAAUGUGUCACAACAGACUGGGUUACAAAAGCUUUAAAAUUCGCAACUCUUCACGGAUGCAAAUGCAGAAGAACUCUUGUAAGAGUUGCGGGUGAUCGUCUGAAUAGUCUGUCUGCCGACGACCUGUGCAUAAUAUCACCGUCCGUUUUAAAAGAUAUUGUAUCAGAAUCAUGUAAUGGCGACGCAAGUCAGGGACAAAAAGCGUGUCAAUUAGUUGAAAAUUACAUGAAUGAAAUGGCGCGAAAAGGUGUGCUUACGGCCGAAACGUAUAAAACCCUUGUGACUUCCGGUCCACCCGAUUCCAGGAAAUCCCACGAUUCUUUGUAUGGAAUAUUAGAAUAUGUUCUUACAGCUGGGGAAUAUUUUAUCUUAUUAUGGGUAAACGAAAAGGAAAAAUUAAGUGACGAUCAGCGCACCGAACUGAUGGAAACUGUGAACUUUAAUCUACUUGGAGAGGCUACGCUAAAGCGGGCGUUUGAUACCCAAGUUGUCCCUGCCACAUUCGUUGCGAAAGGCGCUUUGGCACUGUGCGCAAAACUGAAGAGCGAACUUGAGUCGGCGAAGAACACGGUAUGUCGACAGGAAGAUGAACUUCAGCGCCUGCGCAGAACUAAAACGGUGACGCCUCAAAAGACGUCAUCGCCAAAGAAAGAAACCGAAUCAAGCCAUUCUAGUUUUACAGAACUGCCGGUUCGAGACACUGCCAAUGGAAACAGUCAUAGCUCUGACAUGCCGUCCGACCUGCUCGGAUCCCAUAGCCCCGCAACCCCUACAACAGAAGAUGUCCUAAUGGCCGCUCGGAACAAACUCGCCUCCUCAGUCGCCGCCUACAACACGUUCCGACCUCUUUCCGCCGACCGUGACAGCGACUACUCUUUCGAGGACGACAUGGACUUUAAAUACGACAGGCAUAUCCGUUCUUAUGAUAAUGCCCGGAAUAAAGCGGGAAGGGGAUCAACCUUCCGAUCUUCAUAUCUGUCUUCGUAUCCGCACAGAAUCUAAGUCGUACCAGUUCCAGAUUUUAUUUUCCUUUUUACUGAAAAGCAGUUGCUGAUUAAGAAGGGCACUCAAAAGUAAAGAUCAUUAUAGGAUGCUUGAUAUAAAUUCCAUAGUUUCAUAUAAAAAGUAAGAAUUUCUACGUGUUGUUGUUGUUUUCAAGCUUUUACUUCAGUCCAGAUAACUCGUUGAAUACAGAUCGGCCAUAUAGCACAAUCUAUCGAUCGGCGAUUUAAGGUAUUAUGAAAUUAAAACAACUGUAUUGUCUUGGGAUUCGCUUUGAGAAGUCGUCUUACGUGUAUUUAUGUAUAGACGUCUGGAUACCAUCGGCUUUAAACUUUUAAGUUUUUCCCACUAGAUUACAUAUUUCAUGAAUUAAUGUUAUUUCAGUUGACUAAUAUUAUUACUAAAACUUACGACAAUCAUUCCGGCUUAACGAUAAUAUUUUGUGAAAAAUAUGGAAUGAGCUGUAAAGUUUUUUUCUGUACUGUCCGAUGAUUACCAGUAGAUCAUAUGAAAAGCGUCAGUUUAUAACGGGCUCUGAUGUACGCUGUUCCAAGACGACAUUGAAAUUUAAUUAAGGCAUAUCUGUCCAUGUACAUCGCUGCAGUUUCGGUCGCUUUCAUUUUAAAUAUUGAUGAAGACAAUCAUUUUAACCAUAAAAUCGAAGUAUCACAGCAGUCUUGAAUGUCCCAGCAAUGUCCGAUCAAUUGCGGUAACUGCGAAUAAAUUACAAGUACGAAACAUGAAUCCUUCCGUAAAGCAAGCACUUGAUAGCAUUCUAUAUCCUCGGCGAGAUUUCGAAUCUAGAGAUGAGGGUCAAGUGUGACCUUAACAACGCGGCACUGCGGCCUCCUCUUUCUACAAGCUAGAGGUACAUGGAAGAAGAGUAUGAUACAAUUUGUUGUUAAUGUAGCAGUUAUCUUCUGGACAAACAAAAAACAGUUUUAGUGUUCUGUAAUAUUAGAUUUAAGCACAUAUUUCAUUAUUUUGUUAAAACAAUUUAGGAAUGGAUUUAGCAUUGUACAGGAUCUGCGCAUGGCCUGUGGAACCUCUAUAGCUCCUCAUGUGUCAAUGAAGGGUUGCCAUAAUUGCAUGCUUUACAUGCAUGUCAUAAAAGUAGUUGCCACAUGACACUGAUGCCAGGAACAUGGUCCUAGAGCGCGAUAUAUAUCAUUCUUGAUGAUUCCAGGCACGAUUUUUGCGUGCUUUUGGUUAUGUCUUACGCCCGGGGUGUAAGAUGCCUCUUGUGCUGUUAUUUGUGAUCAAUAAUGAACAGCGCUUAAAAGAAAAUCAUUCGUUUUUAUUUUAUUCACUCUAUUAAUUGAAGAAUACGGUAUGCAAGAAAAAAAACCCUGGCAAUAGUUGGAUGCGGAUUGAACGUAUCUGGCUCCCGGGUAACUGUUUUGCGGUAACUCGGCCCUCGAGUCAAAUAUUUCCAUCAGUACCUUCAACCAGCGAAAGAUUCUUACAGCAUGGCAUUUUUAAAAUUUCCUUUCAUCGAUAAUACCGUUAAACCGUUAUUGGAGCUAGCGAAACGGGAUAAAAGAAUCGGCAAAAUCCGGAUUUUGUUAAUUUUAUGCACAAGUAAUAACCUUUUAUAAGUGACUAAUCAUUUGUAUAUAAUAAAAAAUAUUAGUUACUACAUUUUUAAUUUUUCAGAAAGACGGAAAUAAUUUAAUAAAUUCCAGAGUAUUUAUACUUGCUGGGAAAUUAUAUUAAAUAUAUAUAUACAUAAAUAACGUUUAAAGAUGCCAUAUACUUAAAUGCAUUUCCUGUGGUAGUUUCAAUAUUUAUGCAGUAAUGUUUGCUGAAAGUAACCCAAGCACUGUGAUAAAAUAUUUAGUGUUAUUAUGUAACUAUUCAUGAAAAGUUGAUUAUUGACCAAUGGAAAAUGUAUAUAUAGAACUUAAAAUUAUUAGGCGUUUGUUAAGCUCUUUACUACAUUUUAGUUGUUAUACGUUAAAUAAAUUAUACACCGAAAUAA